AUGGUGAAGGAAGAGGCCAUGGUGAAGGAAGAGGCCAUGGUGCAGGAGGGCCUCACCAAGACCAAGACGUCAACGAAACGGAAAGUGGCUGAAGUGCUGAAGGGCGAGCUCGAGGACAAGUCCCAAAAAAAGAAGCCCUGCGGCGAGGCUGCUCAACCUCUAAGCAACAAGGCGCUGCCGGCUCAGAAAUUCGUCCACAGCUCAUACGUGAUGUCGAAUGGGACAAAGCUGUUACGUUGUGAAUCCCUGGAGACUGGCGUCAAUAUCUUCAACUUCGCCAGAAACAAGCCGGUCACGCAGAUCACGGCGUUGGCGGUGAUGAAACCCGACAGCAGCAAUGGUGUGUCACACGCUAUGGAGCACAUGAUCGGGACUGGAAUGAGACUGGUGCCACUAAUUCACCCGCUAGAACCGCAGCUUGGUCACCACAGCGGCAUCGUCGAAACGCCGCGUUCUACAGUGUCGAACUUUGCCAUCACUGCCGACGACGUAAUGCGGCUAAUACUCCAGGCCGCCAACAGGGAAUUUGUAAUUGACGGAUGCGUCAUAAUAAUACAGGAUAUGAAGCAGGUCUCAGGAAGACGAGCUCGGCAU